UCCAUAUAUAGGUAGCAACUGCGUACAGACGCCAUGUGUAGUUUAUUAAACAGCGAUGACACCUUAUCAUCGAUGCUGUUCAUUAAGCAAGAGCCUUGCAGUCCGCUCGAAAGCAGCGUCAACUUUAACAGCAGCUUUAACUCGUCGCUCAGCAGUAGCCCUGAGAGUUUGUGUUCAGACGGUGGUACAUACAGCCCCCCAACAAUGGUCCACUUCGGUUUCCCUGCGUUGUUUCCGUCCAUGCCGUCACCUGGAGACAUAUCGUCGCAUUUCAACAGUAAUUUUAACAACAACCGAGCGACUUCGUCCGGCGAAGAAGAUGUUUUCGAGGAUUUCAGCAGUUGUAUGACGUCAUCAGAGUCGUGUAGCGGCGAGGGUUUAGCCGGUUUAAUGCCACCGAGUCUGUCUGAAUACAAGAGCGGGAUUGAUUCCUGCGACGCUGAUAGCGUCCUCGCCCUCGUACCGCCCACUUCACUCGUGCUCAAAUCUCCAACCACAAGCGAAAGUACCGGGACCCCCGCACCGUUGUCUAGCAGUAGUACUCCACCCAAACGACUCUGCCUUGUAUGCGGGGAUAUAGCUUCAGGAUACCACUACGGCGUUGCUUCAUGCGAGGCUUGCAAAGCAUUUUUCAAGCGAACCAUUCAAGGGAGCAUUGAUUACACUUGUCCUGCUGCCAACGAUUGCGAAAUCACUAAACGCCGAAGAAAGUCUUGCCAAUCUUGUCGGUUUUCUAAAUGCUUGAGAGUUGGAAUGCUCAGAGAAGGUGUGCGAUUAGAUCGCGUUCGAGGUGGACGGCAGAAGUACAAACGAAAGAUAGAUGCCAACGAAAUGCCUUACCUGGUUGCGGUGCCUGCUGCCGCCGAACCUGCUCCAAAUGUACUUUCACCGAACAAGAUUUUAUCCCAUCUCCUCAUGGCUGAACCGGAUAAACUGUUUGCACCCCACGACCAUUCUGCCACAAGAUCCGAAAUUUCAAUUCUAACUGCGCUUUGCGACCUUGCCGAUCGUGAAUUGGUUGUUAUUAUAGGAUGGGCAAAACAUAUUCCGGGAUUUACAGUCUUGUCUUUGGCUGACCAAAUGGCGCUCUUGCAAUCAGCUUGGAUGGAAGUUUUAGUACUUGGAAUAGUUUUCAGGUCUCUUUCACGAGACGGGGACCUUGUUAUUGCCGAAGAUUUUAUUUUGGACGCUGAAAAUUGUGCCGAAGUCGGAAUGGUGGAGUUAUAUCACUAUCUUAAUCAAUUACAACGGCGAUUGAAGCAACUCAACUUUAAAAAGGAGGAAUUCGUUUUGAUGAAGGCAAUUGCUCUUGUCAAUUCUGACUCUCUUCAUGUGGAAAACCACCAGACCCUUCGACAGUUGCAAGACACCUUGCUGCAAACGUUGUCGGACACUGUACAGUCAACCCCGUCGAAUACGGCUACAACAUUUGCCUUCCAGAGGUGUGGUCAGUUGCUGCUGACACUUCCUCUGCUGCGGUUGGCCGCCGUUAAAGCUGUACAUUUCUUCAACACUGUCAGGCAAUCUGGAAAGGUUGUUUUGCAUAAGCUUUUCCUUGAAAUGCUGGACGCCAAACUGUAAAUGCCGCACUGAAGUAUGCAAAAAGCUAUAUGACAAUAUGCAGCGCGUGAGCCUUCGUGGACAUUACAUCUUUUUGCUGUCAACUUUUCUUACCACUGUGACGAUGCUAUCCUUUCAUUGGUCAUUGCUGGACUUGUUAAUUAGUCAAAUUACCCUCUCCUUUGCUUCUCUGGUUAGUGCCAACUGAAUUCAAAAGCCGCUAAGUUCCUAAUGUUGUUUAGUUCGUAUUUGUUUCUUUUACAUUGUUGAAUUUAUUCUUAUGUGAUGUGUACGCUACCUUUCAUUGUAUUAAUGGACCUGCAUGCGACAGAAUGCAUUCAUGUGGGUCACCAGAGCGUUUAAGGCCCAUGCGUCCUUACGCUCUGGCGUGUUUAAAAAUAAAUCAGGGCUGCAACUGUCAUUAUCAACAGUGGACUGCUUCACACAGUUUCCUGCCGCUGUUAUUAUUUGCUAGAAAUUGAAGUGCGCGUUUUAUUUAUUCUUGUACUGCCUUUAAUGAAGAGCAUACUUUGUUCACUUUAAAUAUUGAUACGUUUGCUUCAGAGACAUAUUUUUGUUUUAUGUGUUUUAUCUCACGUUAUACGAAAAAAAACAUGAAUUUUCACCGAAAA